CGUUGCGUUCUACAGUAAAAUUCGCCAUCGCAUUUGUCUUUUGUUAUAGUUUCUCUCAAUUGCUAAAAUAAGACGCAUUAAAAAGAUUUGCUUAAAAAUAAGCAUUUAAUAGUGUUAGGUAAAUGUGUAUAAAUAAAAGUUUUAUCUGUGACCUGCUCGGAAAAUUGUCACAUAAGGAAAGUGCAGCUGAUUAUCUGUUCUAACCAAGUAAAUGCACUUUGGAUAUAUUUAAGAUAAGUAUAUUUCCUGAGCGUCGAGUAUUUAGUAACAAUGGAAGACGGCCACGCUAAAACCGUCGAACAGGCCUUAAACUUUUUUGGCACAGACCCGGAACGUGGACUAACAUUGGAACAAGUUAAAUCCAAUCAAAAGAAAUAUGGUCCUAACGAACUGCCGACGGAAGAAGGAAAAACUAUUUGGCAGCUUGUUUUAGAGCAAUUCGAUGAUCUUCUUGUGAAAAUUCUGUUAUUGGCCGCUAUCAUUUCUUUUGUCUUAGCUUUAUUUGAAGAGCACGAAGAUACAUUCACAGCAUUUGUAGAACCUUUAGUUAUUCUUUUAAUUUUGAUAGCAAAUGCCGUUGUAGGUGUAUGGCAAGAACGAAAUGCUGAGUCUGCUAUUGAAGCCCUUAAAGAAUAUGAGCCUGAAAUGGGUAAAGUGGUCCGUCAGGAUAAGUCUGGAAUUCAGAAAAUUAGAGCAAAGGAAAUUGUUCCUGGAGAUAUUGUCGAGGUAUCAGUAGGAGAUAAAAUUCCUGCUGAUAUUAGAUUAACACACAUCUACUCGACUACCCUACGAAUCGAUCAAUCAAUUCUGACUGGUGAAUCAAUAUCGGUCAUUAAACAUACCGAUCCUAUUCCCGAUCCACGUGCCGUUAACCAAGACAAAAAGAAUAUCUUGUUUUCGGGUACAAAUGUGGCUGCUGGAAAAGCUCGUGGCGUCGUCAUUGGUACGGGUUUGAAUACAGCGAUUGGAAAAAUUCGCACAGAAAUGUCAGAAACGGAAGAAAUCAAGACUCCAUUACAACAAAAACUAGAUGAAUUUGGCGAGCAGCUCUCAAAGGUUAUUUCGAUCAUUUGUGUUGCUGUGUGGGCUAUCAAUAUUGGUCACUUCAAUGAUCCCGCUCAUGGUGGUUCGUGGAUAAAAGGUGCUAUCUAUUAUUUCAAAAUCGCUGUUGCUUUGGCUGUUGCAGCCAUUCCAGAAGGUUUGCCAGCUGUAAUUACAACAUGUUUGGCAUUGGGUACUCGUCGUAUGGCAAAGAAAAAUGCUAUCGUGCGAUCAUUACCAUCUGUAGAAACAUUAGGUUGCACAUCGGUGAUUUGCUCAGAUAAAACUGGUACUUUAACCACAAAUCAAAUGUCUGUUUCAAGAAUGUUCAUUUUUGAUAAGGUCGAAGGCAGUGAUAGCAGCUUCCUCGAGUUUGAGCUGACAGGAUCCACUUACGAACCUUUGGGUGAACUCUUUUUGGGUGGCCAACGAGUAAAAGCCUCGGAAUAUGAGGCACUUCAAGAACUCGCUACUAUUUGUAUUAUGUGUAAUGAUUCCGCAAUUGAUUACAAUGAGUUCAAACAAUGCUUUGAAAAGGUAGGUGAAGCGACAGAAACAGCUUUAAUUGUACUUGCGGAAAAACUGAAUCCCUUCAGUGUAAAUAAAAGUGGACUAGAUCGUCGUUCAGCCGCUAUAAUUGUGCGGCAAGAAAUCGAAACUAAAUGGAAAAAAGAAUUCACUCUUGAAUUUUCGCGAGAUCGUAAAUCAAUGUCUUCGUACUGUACACCCUUGAAAGCAUCGCGCUUGGGGACAGGUCCUAAGUUAUUUGUUAAAGGUGCUCCAGAAGGCGUUUUGGAUCGUUGUACGCAUGCACGUGUUGGAACAAGUAAAGUUCCACUAACUUCUGCUCUCAAGAGCAAAAUUUUGGCUCUAACUGGACAGUAUGGUACUGGGCGAGAUACUUUGCGCUGUCUGGCUUUAGCUGUUGCUGAUAGCCCUAUGCGCCCAGAUGAAAUGGACUUGGGCGAUUCAACAAAAUUCUAUCAAUAUGAAAUUAAUUUAACAUUUGUUGGUGUUGUUGGCAUGUUAGAUCCACCACGUAAAGAAGUUUUCGAUUCUAUUGUCCGUUGCCGAGCAGCUGGAAUCCGUGUUAUUGUUAUAACUGGCGAUAAUAAGGCCACUGCUGAAGCCAUUUGCCGUCGUAUUGGAGUUUUUGGGGAAGACGAAGACACAACUGGAAAAUCAUACUCCGGUCGUGAAUUUGAUGACCUUUCACCCGCUGAACAAAAAGCAGCAUGUGCCCGAUCUAGGUUAUUUUCACGUGUAGAACCGCAGCAUAAAUCGAAAAUUGUUGAAUAUCUACAAAGUAUGAAUGAAAUUUCUGCUAUGACAGGUGAUGGUGUCAAUGAUGCACCAGCUCUUAAGAAAGCUGAAAUCGGUAUUGCAAUGGGUUCAGGCACUGCUGUAGCCAAAUCAGCUGCCGAGAUGGUGCUCGCUGACGAUAACUUCUCUUCCAUUGUAUCUGCAGUUGAAGAAGGCCGUGCAAUCUAUAAUAAUAUGAAACAGUUUAUUCGUUACCUUAUUUCGUCGAACAUUGGCGAAGUAGUCUCUAUCUUCUUAACUGCUGCUUUGGGAUUACCAGAAGCUCUGAUUCCUGUACAAUUGUUAUGGGUUAACUUGGUUACAGAUGGUCUUCCAGCAACUGCUCUUGGAUUCAACCCACCUGACUUGGAUAUCAUGGAGAAACCCCCACGCAAAGCUGACGAAGGUCUUAUUUCAGGCUGGCUAUUCUUCCGAUACAUGGCUAUUGGUGGCUAUGUGGGAGCUGCAACAGUCGGCGCUGCUGCUUGGUGGUUUAUAUUUGCGGAAACAGGUCCUCAUCUAACCUAUUGGCAGCUAACUCACCAUUUGUCAUGUAUUGGCCCAGGGGAUGACUUCAAAGGUGUCGACUGCAAAAUAUUCAGUGACCCUCACGCAAUGACUAUGGCUCUAUCCGUACUUGUAACAAUUGAAAUGUUAAACGCAAUGAACAGUUUGUCUGAAAAUCAGUCGCUCAUUACUAUGCCCCCAUGGUGCAAUAUGUGGCUAAUUGGUUCUAUGGCUCUUUCGUUUACGCUUCAUUUUGUUAUUCUUUAUGUGGAAGUCCUUUCUACCGUUUUCCAAGUGACUCCACUGUCUGGAGAGGAGUGGCUGACUGUGAUGAAAUUCUCAAUUCCUGUAGUUUUAUUAGAUGAAACACUGAAAUUCGUUGCUAGAAAAAUUACUGACGGUGAGAGCCCCAUUCUAAAAAUGCAUGGGAUUGUUUUAAUGUGGGCCGUUUUCUUUGGCCUUUUGUAUGCAAUGACGCUUUAAAUAGUUUAUUCAAAAAACCUUAUAUACAUACACAUUUCUAGAAAAAUUAGUUAAAACAACUAUUUAAUUAUCUAUACUAAUUUUCCGUAUGACAGAUUUAAAUUUUAAUAUUUUAGCAUUACGCUACUGAAACUAAUUUAAGAGCUUGGAGAAUGUUAUUUUUAAAUAUUUUAGGUUAAUUAAAAAAUAACAGUAUAGUAAUGCCUUCAAUGUUUACAUGAACUAAUUCUUUAAGUUCGUUAGGUAAAAUACUCCAACUCAAUUACAAAUUAUAGCAUAUAUGACCAUUACCAAUAUCUUCCUGCUUAGAUAAACUACCUUAAAGCAUAACAGUCAGAAAAAAUUAUUUUUAUGCUUGCUUUACAAUUAAUAUGUAAAUAAAAGUCAUCAUUAAAAUUUUCGAAAUUUCACUUAAUAAAGGCAUUACUGAAUCUCCA